GCAGCCAAUAAUAAUCAGCUGAUAUGGCUGACAUGGACGUGUUGACAAACUGUCAAAUUCUGUCUUGUACAUACAUUCUUAUCUUUGCAGAUCUUUGAUGCGCAUUAUUACGCUUGACAUGUAUAAACGCUAAUAAAGUGAAGAGAAAGCAACGUUAAAAAUGAUGACCGACGUGGGGGAAGCCGGGGCGGCGGAGAUUCAAUUGAAAACCGAGAAACAACCGAGCGAGAAUACAGUAGAUUUCUCAGAAGCUGCGGAAAAAUUGGCGGAAGGUCUCUUGAGUAUUUAUCAACCUCCAUUGGAACAAGUUAAACAAGAACUUUGCGAACUGACAAAUAAACAAGAAGCUCUACUUACUCGAAUGCAGGUUGAGAAUAAAAAGAUACAUGAGACGUUCGAAGAUAUAGAUUUAAAUGAUAUGUUUUCAGCUGUUAAAAUUUAUCAAGGAAAGUUAACAGUAAUAAGGAAAGAAAUGAUUAAUAUUCAUGAAAGGACUUCUAAGUUAAAGAAGCGCGUGUUACGUUUGCAACAUAUUAAGCAAAAGGAAGCUAUGAAUAGAGAACAACAACGUGAGCAAGAAUUACGCAGGGAACAAGAAUUAAUUGGCAAAUCUACAACUAAUUAAGAGUAUAUAAAUCUCAAUAAUUCGAUAAAUUCAUACAAAUUAUUUCUAUAAGAGAAAUAUGUAAAAAGAUUCUAUAUAUAGGAAAAAUGUAUAAGAAUUUUAUGCAUUCGUAUAACUAUUAUUUAUAAUAAAAUGUAUGUGAAAUUAUAUAAAGUUUUCGAUCAGUUCAUUGAUCAGUCUUAAUGAA